AUGUUUUUUAUUUGGCUGUGAAAAUAAUGUAUCCGUAUCCUGAAGGUAUUAUUGUAACUGGGUAACUUGUUAAUCCUGUGUAAACAGGUAAGCUUGUCCAUCCUGUUGUCACAGUGCUUAGGUGCAAGUCUGAAAUCCACAAUGUAUCCUAGACCACUGCACCUCGGGUUACUGCUCCUGGCAGUGUCCUUUGCGGUCAGUAAACAGCCACACAUCGUUUUCAUUGUCAUAGACGAUCUCGGAUGGAACGACAUCGGCUUCAACAACCCAGACAUCAUCUCCCCCAAUGUGGACCGACUGGCCAGGGAGGGUCUCAUCCUGAGACAAUCCUAUGUUCAGCCACUCUGCUCUCCGUCUCGGUCAUCUUUCAUGACUGGCUACUUUCCCUACAGGACAGGUCUCCAGCACCUCGUCAUCCUCCCAGCUCAGCCCGUGUGCGCUCCUUUGAAUGUCUCCACUUUCCUGCCGAGGGAGAUGAAAAAACUGGGCUAUGCCACUCACAUGGUGGGAAAGUGGCACCUUGGUUUCUGCAACUGGAACUGCACGCCAACGUUUCGGGGCUUUGACUCUUUCCUUGGCUACUACAACGCUCAGGAGGACUACUAUGACCGAGUAUUUCAAGGUUACUACGAUUUCCAUGACAACACUACACGCAGCACAAAGCAGAACGGAACGUACUCGACGUUUGUGUUCCAAGAACGAGUUCGAGAGAUCGUUUCCCGACACAACCCCGCUCAGCCGCUGUUCCUGUACCUGCCACUACAGUCAGUGCACGCUCCCCUCGAGGUUCCGAAAGAGUACUACAACAUGUACCCUAAUAUAGACAAUGAAGACAGAAGAGUUUUCUCUGGGAUGGUCACCGCAAUGGAUGAUGUGAUUGGGAAUCUGACUUCCUACCUGACAGCACGUGGCAUGUACAAUGACACGCUCUUCGUCCUCACGGCGGAUAAUGGUGGUGGAUACAGUAUGGAGGGCAACAACUACCCGUUGCGUGGGGGAAAGUUUACUGUGUGGGAGGGUGGCACCCGAGCUGUUGCCUUGAUAAAGGGUCCUGGCUUGAAAGUGACGGGUGCUGAGUAUGACGGUCUUAUACACGCUGUGGACUGGAUGCCGACUAUUGUGGCCGCUGCAGGCGGAGAAAUCAAAGACGGAGAUAUUGAUGGUAUGAACAUAUGGGAUGCUAUCAGCAAUUACACCCCAUCGCCCAGAACAGAGUUUAUCUACAAUCUGGACGAUAUGUUUAUACCUUUAGAAGGCCAUGCUGCAAUCAGGCAAGGCGAUUACAAGCUGAUUGUUGGCUUCCCAGGCCUGUACAGUGGUUGGUAUUUUCCAAACGAAACAGUCAGCAAGGUGGACACCAUGAACACCAGUGACUUGAGUGGUCUGACCAUGGCCAUCCCACAACAGGACUCACUCUCCUGGCCAGAGCUCAGGAGGAAGUUCGUCUGUACAAUGUCAGAGAGGAUCCCACAGAGCAUGUGGACCUGGCCUCAGCCCUGCCAGACGUGGUACAGCAGCUGCAGGCUCGUAUGGCUGAGUACAAGAAGAAGUAUGUACCACCCAACUUUCCCAGCGGCGAUCCAAACUCCAAUCCUGAAAAAUAUGACAACACCUGGACACCUGGCUGGUGCUGAAAGACCUGUUACCUGUACUAGUGCUUGCUGUCAAUUGUUGUGCAAUCGAAUUUAUGUUAUUGAAAGUCUAAUCUUUCCUUAUAUUUACAUUGAUGCUGAUGAUGGUAACAUUUAAUAAAUUAUGCCACUG